CUCCCCCACAUAUUAAUGGCCUGUUCAGCUGGUUUUGUCAAGUCGCCCCUGUCCCAAAUGAAACUGAUAGAGGACAUUGCAGAGCUGCACUGUGAGGUGACAGGGAACCCCAUCCCAGAGGUGCAGUGGUGGUUCAUAGAGGGCGAGGAGCCCGACGAGACCAUGACCCAGCUGUUCGAUGGGGCUCGGCGAGACCGUGUCGAGAUCAACGCCACCUACAUCCUGCACGCCACCAGCUCCAUUCACCUCUUAAACCUCACGCUCGAUGACUCCGGCACGUACGAGUGCCGCGCUUCCAACGACCCCGACCGCAACGAGCUGAAGAAGGCACCCAAAAUCAAGUGGAUCCGCUCACAGGCUAACGUUAUAGUGUUUGAAUAUCCCUUAAUUGUGUCUUCACCUAUGGAGGUGAACAACCAGACCUCUGCCAUCCUCUCAUGCAACCUUACCAACCCCCCGUCCACAGUCAAAGGUCAUUACUGGACGAGGAAUGGCAAUGUGAUCGAGUCAUCCAAGCAGGACUCUGCUGCGCUCUACACCGAGUACAUCUUGGCUAAAAUUGAUUUCCAUUCUGGUGGAGUAUAUGACUGCGUCUUCCUGUCUGAUCCUGUGGUGAAGAAAUCCAUUGCAGUCAACACUGCUAUCCAUGUCUCUGCCUACAAACGCUCUGAGCAUGGAAACGAGCAGGACAAGGGUGUGCUGGUGUGUGUCAGUCAUGGAUAUCCACUGCCUACUGACUGGAAGUGGUACAAACUGGAAGGAGAAGAAAUGCUGAAGAAGGCCAUCACCAACGGUACUGACAGGUAUGAGAUCAAGAGCACCCCCAACAGGACUACCCUGACCAUCAAUGACCUGGACAUCGCCAUGGACAUGGGCGACUACAUGUGCUACGGUGCCAGAGAAGUGGACUCUGCCUUCGACAAGAUCCACCUGCGCGUCCGCAGCCGCCUGGCCGCCCUCUGGCCCUUCCUGGGCAUCGUGGCAGAGGUCAUCAUCUUGGUCAGCAUCAUCUUCAUCUACGAGAAGAGGAGAAAGCCUGAUGAGAUCAACGACGAUGAGGACUCAGGUUCUGCUCCCCUGAAAAGCAAUGCUGCCACAAACCACAAGGAUGUCAGGCAAAGGAACUCCAACUGAGAGAAGAUGAGAGAUAUCCUGAUGACGAUCUUCCAGGAUGAAGAGCAUUUGCUGAGCGUCACAUAAUCUAGUGCACCCUGCGAAUUUUAAACAACUUUAAAUUUCAAUUCUUGAACGUUAAUGUCUUGAAAUGGACGGAAUUGUACUUCUAUAUUUCUCUCCAUAUUGUGCUUUCGGCUUAAGGCCAUUGGCAAAAAAAAACAUGUUUUUGCAUGAGUUUUAUUGCCGUUCUAGAAGUGUUUGUUCGUAGUGAAGUCCAUUGUAAAAGUUUACGUGGGAAUGAUCUAUUGGUGGUUUUUCUAUUUGUGCUUAUAGCUUCCUCCACUGUCCUUCACGUCUAAAUAUCUGCUCUUAUAUUUGCAAGCAUGAACAGCCACCUGUUAAGCAACAUGGAUCUUACUACGAUUGUGAAAUGUUUGGACACUGACAUGCUUUUGCCCCAGGCCCUAUUACCACACCUGACUCCAAUAAUCAACUAAUCAUUGUCUUUAGAAUACAAUUAGUUUAAUCAGGUGUGUUUAGAUAUAGGGCUGGGGACAAAUGACGACAUGAAUCAGGCCCCUGAACUGGAGAGGCCCAUCAAUGCAUCCCUCACAUAGUUGGCUGAGUUAUAGGAUACACCUUAACACAGUCCAUUUGACUUCCUCCACUGUAUUUGAUUUUCAGCAGAGGAAGUUGUAAUACUGUAGGUAGUUCCUAAAUUAAACGCAGCAGGUAGGAUUAUAAUGCAAUUUUGUCUGAGUUCCUGCUGUAUUUAAUACAUGCGCUGUUGAGAUUUUUAGGCUAAUCACUGCAAAAUAAAAUCCAAGCUUUUUGGAGUUUUACUACUAUGUUAAGGUGUAGUUUUGACUUUUCUAUGCUUUUUGUUGCCAUAGUCACAUCAUAGUAAUACUUCCUGAGAAAGGACCAAGUAUAAGAGAUGGGUUUUCUGCUUCUGAACAACGACUAAUACUAAUGUAUUAAUCAGAAUGGAAGGCUAUUUUUAAAUGGCUUGUUUUCUUGAAGGGUACAUGGAACCUAAACAGGAUUGACACUAUUGAAGCAUUGUCCUUUUUCUAACCUCCACUUUGUAGACAACUCAGAAGCCUCAUGUGGCUUCUAACUUGAUUUAGUAUUGUGACUGGAUGUGCACCGGUAGUUUAAGAAGUACAUGUGAAAAUAUGACUGUCAUUUAUUUUGCUUAAAAGUAACUAAUUAGAUUCUACACAACUGUACCAAUUUGCACAAUCUCAAUAAAGUGAUCUGAUUUAA